AUGUUCCAUACCCCUCCAGUAAAAUCAGACUGGCAACCGGAGGCCUCGAUCGCCAACUCCUACGACGUUGGCAACGUGGACUCCAACUCGAACUACUCCGACAACGACAGCCAGCCGGCAACGUUGGACACCGACGACGCAAAGGACAUUCUGCAGCACUCCCCGCUAGAGAUCGGCGACGACGUGCUCAGUAAGGUGACUCCGAACAUCGCCGUUAAAAAUGGCAACGGCGGCGGCAAAGGCUUGGACAGCAACAGCAACAGUGCUACUACUGCGACCAUCACCAGAAAGAGUGCAGACAGAGAAUCCACACACACAGUAACCCCCAUGCAUCUAGCACCGAACCCCGUCGACCCACUGAGGUCACCCGCUCUGGAUUUCCAAAACGACCUUCCAACCUCCACGGAUGCCAUCGCCGCAGUCGCCGCCGGCAGCACGGGCAUACCCGACCAAACCGUCAGCGAUAACUCCUCUUUCAUUGAGAGCUUUGACAUUGUCACAGAGGCAGACCUACCGAUGCAGUUGGUGAAGCUCUACGAGUCGUUCUUGAAAGAGCUCAAGGAACCCAAAUUUGAAAGAUCACUUGCCAGCUUUGAGAUUGCAGAGUUGUUCCAGACUUUCUAUCAGCGGUUUCAUGUUGGAUGCACGCAGUACAUCGAGCAGGAAGGAAAGUACGAAUUGCAUGACCCCCACCAUACCGAUAUAGGGUACCAGUAUUACAGAUACAACCUCAUACUGGAAAGGAUACUGUGCGACAAGUUCUACAGUCAGAUCAUAUUUCCCUUGAAAAACAUGGAGAUCGACGAAUACGAGAAAGAAUUUAACGACCAGUUCUGCGAUAAGCUUGGAUGCUUGAGCUCCUUGGACAUCCAUUUCCAAAACCUCGAUAUAGAUCUACCUGAAAACAUAGAAGCAGAAUUCAUCAAUCAUUUGGACGAUCGGAUCCUCCCCGAAUUUGAGCUACUGACUGCAGAGAGGUCGCCGACGUUGAAAAUGAAGUACUUGAUCCGCAUCCAUAAAAAAAUAGGGGAAAUCAUUCAUGACAUAACUAAAAGUUCCAAAUUCAGUAAAACACUGAACACCGAUAUCUAUCUACCGAUAUUGAUUUUUACGAUCAUCAAACUGAAAGAACUCCGAGCAUACUUCCUUGUCAGGCAGUUGAACCUUAUGAAGAGGUUCUCUAACGAGUACAUCUUUGAAAACAGCGUCGAAUCGUUCCAGAUAGAGAAGGGAAAAUUGUUGUACGUGUGCGCAAAUUUUGAAGCUGCUAUCUCCUACCUCUCGAGCGUCACCUUGGACAACUUGGAUAUGCCUUUGCCAUCGGAGGACAUCAACCUUUUGCCUGGAAGUUUGAAGGACCGCGACGAACUACUAAACCUCUUAACUGUUCCGCUGAAGCUAGAAUCGAUCGAAGACGAAGUUAGUGCAUUCAAGGAGUCGAAUCCUCUCCUAAUGACGAGCAGCCUCAAGAACGACGCAAGCAUUGGCAGCCCAACACUCACAACGUCCUUGAGCAACAUAACCAACUCGUGGGUGGACUAUUCGAAGGUAAGCUUACCUUCUGUGAUCAACGCGGAUCAGGGCCUCAAAUCGAUCAGUCAAGCCAUUGACUCGAGCUUGAAGAAUAUAAUGGGGAAAGUGUCGAGGAUUGGAGGCUCGUCCGAUGAUAUAAUGAGAUAUGUCGGCAGCAACGAGAUCACGAAUGAUGGGCACGACGUGAACUACGACAUAACCUACGAGGACUACGACGAGAACACCACACAGCACGGGAACGACACAAACACACACACCGAGGCUGGCAGCGCUUCUGCCACCGACGACGGCACAGACAACACGCUCUCCGACUCGCUACUGAGACAGCUAGAGGAGAACCUUGUCUUCGAGCAGACGGUAGGGGGCGGGAGCAUCAGAACCAUCAAGGGCUCCGAACACUCGCAGGACACAGAAGUGACCUGUCCGACGACAGCGCUGCCACCGGUCGGCGACCCUGCCGAGAACAGCCACCGCAAGAUCCCGUCCAUCCAGGAGGAGACCCCGUUCCCCGACCAAUACGGCGAGCUGGCUAGCAGCAGCAUAGUGGGCGGCCCGAGCUCGUUCACGUCCUACACCAAAAGCGCCCUGCGUGAGGUACGCGACCGGACCGAGUCCACGGUCUCUGUCGGCACGCAGGGCACGCAGGAGGGCAGCAUCAUCAGCAAGUUGACGACCAGCGUCGGUGGCGUCAUGAAGAACUUCCGCCCCGUGAGCGCCUCGUCGUCGACGACGUCCUUGAACAUGCACCUGACCGACGGCGGCAUGGCAGCCACGACAACGGCCACGUCGACCGCAGCUGCCGCAGCACACCCUGCCGCCAGCGGGCUCGAGAGAAGCACCAGCGUUGGCUACCUUGCCACGACGCCCAACAAGAACGCCGCCCGCCCGUCCACGGUGAACAUGCGCAGCCGGGCCACCAGCUUCAUGAGCACCUCGCUCUUCGGCUCGCCCUCCAACCAGUCCUUCGUCAACGAGGCCAACAACUCCACAACAGCCCUCAACACCUCCGCCGUCGCCAACACCUCCGUCCCCGGCCUCACGCCCUCCUCGCCGUCCCGGGACUACCGCAACUCCAUCUUCAGCUCGCUCGAGAGCGCCUUCGACAACGUCCGCAACCGCAGCAGAGACAACUCCCUGGUCCAGGGCCCGGCAGCCCCGCUCUCCUCUACAACAGCCGUCCCGGACGGUGCUCCCGCCCUGACCCCAACGUCUUCCGCCCCCGUCCCGCCCUCCGCCGGCCACACCAGACUCCUCGACGAGGUCGCCAAGUUCAAGCGCUUCGACAAGCCCUUCGAGCAGAUGACCGUCACCGACUUGAUCGAGAUGUACACCAACUACCAGUACAUCCUCUCCCGCCUGUAG